AUGGGCGGCCUCCAUCCACGCCAUAUCGGCGCCACUCCCGGUGCUUGUGUGGGGGUCGAAGAGCAGACACUGACUGACAAUGGCACGACUGCCCAGCCGAUCACACCAGCCGAUAGCACCGACACGGACUCGUCGUACGACUCGGAUCUCGCCAGUUCCACGAACUCGCUGACGACAAGUAUCCUCGCCUAUCGGACGAUUCAGGGUCGGACGUUCCAUAGCGAUAGGACGCCGGCUGAGUACUGGUAUGAAUUCGGGCCAGAGAAUGCGGGGGUGAAUCUGUGUCCAAUGCAUGCCGAGCCGGUCACUGACAAGCUGAUAGGGAUAUGGGCAAUCGACUUCGCGGACGCACACCCCGGCGUCGAGGUGAUCGGCACCGACAUCUCCCCCAUCCAACCCGGCUGGGUCCCCCCAAACCUCCAGUUCGAGAUGGAAGACGCGACGCAGCCGUGGACUUUUGCCGCAGGGAGCUUCGAUUUUGUGCACAUCCGCUACAUGUUCGGCUCGGUGGCGGACUGGGACGCGCUCUUCGCCGAGGCGUACCGCGUGCUGCGGCCCGGCGGCUACAUCGAGACCUUUGAGGCCGACGCCCGCAUGUACGCGCCCGAUGGUACGGUGCUCGAGGGGUCGCCGCUCGACCAGUGGGGGAAGGUGUUUCGGGAGGGGGGGAAGAAGUUUGGGAGGACGUUUAUGGUUGUGGGCGAGGAUCUGCAGAGGAAGGGGUUGGAGGCGGCGGGGUUUGUCGACCUGGUGCAGCAGGACUUCAAGGUCCCUAUCACGGCCUGGGCUGCCGACAAGAAGAACCAAGAGAUUGGUGCCUAUAAUCAUCUCUCACUGGAGCAAGAUAUGGAGGGUUUGAUCCUGUACAUGUUCCAGCAAGUCAUGGGAUGGUCGACGACUGAGAUUCACGCCUACAUUGCGCAUCUGCGCCGUCAGCUUCGUGACAAGAGCAGCUAUAACAUCCACGUGGCUGAUAGAGUUGCUGAGAUUCACGGCGGACCUAAUGAGAGGAAACUGGUGAGGCAAUGGACAUGCCGCACCAUGCUCGUUUUGUAA